AUGUCUACUUCUAGUACAAAUUCGCCAUUCAGAAUCCGCGAGGCGGACCUGAGAGAGUUGGAGCGCAACGAGGAGUUCACGGUCUUGCGCCAACGUCUCGAACGAAUUGAGCAGGAGACGGGUACACUGAGCUUCUGCCCCUUCCACCAGCAGUCAUGUUCCCCGGAGGAAUUGUCCGCCUUUCGACUGCACCGUGACAUCCUCCAUGCUAUUUUCGCGCCUCUAUUCAAGAUCCAUAAAUAUGCCACACAAGUUGCCUCGCACCGUCUGCAGGAUCGGAAAUCUGCGGAUGCAGAACUUGCUUUUCGCGGCGAUGCGCGCAGUGCCUAUUCCUGGCUGAAUUGUUUCCUCGCAGAAGAGCACGACUGGUGCUCCACCCAGGGAUGUCCUGCGUGUGUGGUGUUGUAUGUGCUGGAUUCGGAACCGACCAUCCGUAUUACCGCUGUCGCCUGUCUGCUCUCAGAUUAUAUUCAAGAGACGGUAGUUCCUGACGCCAAGCGUCGACUGCUGUCCUUUGAUUUCUGGUUAGGCGCAGUAGAGACUGCCGUCCGUGAAGACCAAUUCUGGGGGGAUGCCUUUUGGCCAGAGAUUGAGUACCGAGCAUGGGCACUGGAGAAUGGCAUUAAGCAGCUAAUAUCUCAAUGUCUCGAAUUGAGAGACCACAAAGAAGUGCACAUGGACAGACUGCACCCCGGCUGCACCACCAGCUGCGUCGCUGCGCGCGGGCCCUGUCGUUACCACGUGCGGACCAUUGCACUGCAGCCUUCCAGUAUGGCUCGACGGCAAUUGAGGAUGACCAGAGAAGAACAAGAGUGGAUAUCGAGGGCGGUUGUCUCGUACUGGCGGUUGCUGUGUCGAAACGGCCAGAGACUCAAGCCGCUGGAGCUCACUAUGCAUUCACCCCGACCAACUUUCCCCAGAACUCGAUCAUUGACGUCUUGA